GGCUGGAGUCGACGGCCGCCAUUGUCUCCUGCGAGUGAUCUGUGACGUCGCUGAAGCGCCCUUCGACCAAGGCCUCAUGGGAGAACUGCUCAACACCCUUCUCACCGCCUCGCUAGCAGGACGACCCGACGAUGGCGAGCACGACAGAGAGUACGACCACUACAUCGAGGCCGAGCUCCACGGGAAGCUGAACGGGAAGUGCGAGGAGCGGUACAAUAAGUGCAAGAUCUCUCCCUUCGAUCUCAUCCCGAACGCCAUCCAUACUGUGGCGUAGCGAGGUUUAGCCCCCGACUUGGCAGGAAACGGAACGGAGAAAGGAAUGUGCGGGGACCCACUACUAUUUAUUCCAUUGUAUCAUUACGUAUUUAUUCUAUAGACCGGUUCCUUCCUAAACACAGGGAGGAGGAAAUUAGUAGUUGGACUUCGAUAUGUUCUCAACUGAUGGCAUUUUAUACUGUAACAUAUGUGAGUGUUUAGUACCACUUUACAUUCAGUCAUACACAUCUGACAGGGCAGCAUUUUUAUAGUCAUUCCAGAGAUUAAGCUCAUUUUUUUAUCUCCAAUCAAAAUACACAUUGCAUAUAGGGCCUCUGACUGCUGUUUCAUCACUACUGUCUUUCCACAUGACAGUAUUUUUACGUUGUUCGAUGUGUGGUUUUUAAAAAAUCACGUGGCAUCCAUGGUGCAUUACCAUUCAACAGUUUCAUAAUUCAGAAAACAAAUCAGCGGGCAAUGUCCUGACCCUUUUUUUUCUUAAUGAUUAGGGGCAUUUACGACAGCACCCUACGAUUCGACGUUUCCUUCUACCUCUAACCAAAGGAUAGGUCCAGACAGAGAGACUUUUCCCCCAGCGACCGACAUCAUGACCUUCCUUUGAGACCGACUGUUUCAGAGACAAAGACGUUUCCUGACUUGUAUAACCUUCCCGCUGCUCCCCACUGGGACCCAUUGACCCCGAAGUUGUGUAUGGUCUUUAAAUCACAGCAUUGUGCACUUUUUUUAAGACUUGUUAAUUGCACAUUACCCCGUAGAUUUCAUCCAGCAGCAAUUCAUUGUGGUUGUACAUGGUUUUAGGCUUUUGCAUUAUUUUGCUACCGUUGUUAAGCAUUAUUUUUGUUAGACUAGUUUUCUACAAAACUGAUUUUUUACAAUGUUUUCGUUUCUCUGUUAUUUUAUAUUACUGCACUUGUAAAAUUCCAUUUUUUAUAUAUAUUUUAAAACUACAUACAGUACGCAAUAUUCAUUUCAAAAUGCAGUCAUCCAAGCAUCUCACAAUUCCUUUUUCUUUUUCUUUUUCCGAAGGAAAGGAAAAAUAAAUAUUUCCACAUUUUCUUUGAGUGUGCCAUAUAUCUUACAUUUGUGUAACAUAUUUAUUUUCAUGUUGUAAAUAAUCAACGUAUUUAUGAAGUUUAGUUGUUUAUCACCUAAAUAUAAACUAAUCAAUGAAUCCAUUAUGAAAAAAGUUCAUUCUU